AGUACAGCUUUGAGGAGCUUGAAUUUGAUGCGGAAGAGGCCAUAGCCAGUCCUGUACAUAUGGGAGGCUGGAUCUGCAUGCGUUUGUUUAAUUGAAUUCUCUGCCCUGCAGUGAGCCAGGACUGUUCUGCCAGGCUCUUGCCACCUCUUCGCUGCUUUGUGUAUGUGCAUUGUUCUUUUUCAAAAGCCAGCACUGCUGCCUUGUGCUUUGACUCCUUGUAGCAUGGUUUCUCUUGCUUCCUGGGGGAGUUGUACCCCACCCUGAUGUGUGUGACUUCCUCCCAACUUUAGCAGCGUCGCCCGUAAGCUGAAAAGCUGGCCAGCACAAUGGGAAAAAAGCAGAACAAGAAGAAAGUGGAAGAAGUCUUAGAGGAAGAGGAGGAGGAAUAUGUGGUAGAGAAGGUUCUGGAUCGGCGGGUGGUGAAAGGCAAAGUGGAGUAUCUGCUGAAGUGGAAAGGCUUCUCAGACGAGGAUAACACAUGGGAGCCAGAGGAGAACCUCGACUGCCCUGACCUCAUUGCAGAGUUCCUCCAAUCCCAGAAGACAGCACAUGAGAGUGAGAAAUCAGAGGGGAGCAAACGCAAGGCUGAGUCCGACACGGAGGACAAGGGGGAGGAGAGCAAACCAAAGAAGAAGAAGGAGGAGUUGGAGAAACCACGAGGCUUUGCCCGGGGAUUUGAACCUGAGCGGAUCAUUGGUGCCACAGAUUCCAGCGGGGAGCUCAUGUUCCUGAUGAAGUGGAAGAACUCUGAUGAAGCUGACCUGGUUCCCGCAAAGGAAGCCAACAUCAAGUGCCCCCAGGUGGUCAUUUCGUUCUACGAGGAGCGGCUCACAUGGCACUCCUACCCCUCUGAGGAUGAUGACAAGAAGGAAGAUAAGAACUAACUCCCCGGCACCCACUCUGGCCAGUUUUUAUGUAAAGAUCAGACUGUGGGUUUGAGCGCAAGUGAGUGCGCAGCUCUGCUUGGUUGGGAGCGUGCGUGGAGGUGGCUUGAGAAGAUGCCCUUUGAAGAGACAGUAUAGUUUCUGUGCCCUGCAGCUGCCCAAGUGCUCUAUGCAGUUCCAUGCUGCGAAUGGUUUCAAACCAGCCCAAACAUGGGGUGGGGGGAGGGGGGGGAUUUUAAAGCUGUUUGUUCUGGGGCUUGCUGGAAAAGAAGCAAAGACAAACACAC